GUUUUCCUAUAAUAACAAAAAAACAUUAAGAUCACAUUCAAAGGCAAACUAAGUACUAAGCCAAGAAGAAUGGCCGUGAAGCUCAUUUACCUCUUUCUUUUCGUUUACAUUGUUCUUCUUGUUUCAGAAGGGAAUGCUACAAAUGCGCACCUGACGAUGGCCACAAAGGUAGCUACCGCGGAAGGACGGGAUGAGAAAACUGGUAGGUCGGAAUGGCUAUACGUAGCAGGAGAAUGUGCAAAAUUACCACUUUGCAACAAAUAUUGCGUUUCGAACGGGUUUCGUCUUGGUGGGUUUUGUAAGAAAUUGUCCCCUCAAGCUUCUUCUCUUUCUUGUGUUUGUAAAUACACCUAACUUAGCAACAACUUUCCUUUCUUUUUCUUGUUGUUGAGAGGAAACAAUAAAAGUGUUGUUGACAAGUUAAGCCUUGUUGGUCCAUUCUACGUAUAUGUGUUAUGGGUUUGGAACUUGUAAGUCUGGUUUGUGAUAAAAAAAAAAAACAAAACUUGUAAGUCUGGUAUUGUGAUUUAAUAGUUUCGCUUUAAAAAAAUAAAAUUCUGAUAUAGGCUAUAGCCUAUAAUUAUAAGGGCGC